UAGGCAGAGCAGACAUCACACGUCGCAGAGCCAUGGAGAUGGAGGCCAACGGCGACGACCACGGCGCCUUCAUGGAGAAAUUCCUCCUGCCGCCGUCUCCUUCCUCCGACCACCAGCAGCCGCAGCAGCCCCCCCUGCACGGCCUCACCUUCGCCAUCAAGGACAUCUUCGACGUCGCCGGCCGCGUCACCGGCUUUGGCACCCCGGACUGGGCGCGGACGCACGCGCCGGCCGCCGCCACGGCGCCCGCCGUGCUGGCCGCGCUGGCCGCCGGCGCCACGGGCGUGGGCAAGACGGUGAUGGACGAGAUGGCCUACAGCAUCAACGGCGAGAACGCGCACUACGGCACCCCCGCCAACCCCUGCGCCCCGGGCCGCGUCCCCGGCGGCUCCUCCAGCGGCUCCGCCGUCGCCGUCGCCGCCAGCCUCGCCGACUUCGCGCUCGGCACCGACACUGGCGGCAGCGUCAGGGUGCCCGCCGCAUACUGCGGCAUCUUCGGCCUCCGGCCCUCCCACGGACUGGUCUCCACCGAGAACGUCGUGCCCAUGGCGCAGAUGUUCGACACUGUCGGGUGGUUUGCUAGGGAUCUGCCUACGCUGUCUCGUGUCACUGACGUGAUGCUACCGCCGGUGCCAGCUGCCGCCGACGAUGAUGCCGAGAUACGACGACGACGACCGAGCCGUGUGAUCAUUCCUGCAGACUGUUUCAAGAUCUUGGGCUCCUCUGAUGAUGACCACACCUACGAGAUCCUCAACGCUUCAGCGGCCAAGGUAUUCGGCAGUGAUGCUGUGGUGGACAAUGGCAACCUUGGUGAUUUUGUCUCCAGCAACGUUCCGAGCAUCGGCAAGUUCAUGACCGACUUGUCUGCGGUCGAAGCAUCAUCAUCGUGUGUGCCGCCCCUGUCUGCCAUCUCACGUGUCAUGCGAGUCCUUCAAAGGUCUGAAUUCAAAUCAAACCACGCGGAGUGGUUUAACACGGUGAAGCCCAACCUCGGCCCUGGCAUCCGAGAGCGAGUGCAGGAGGCCAUUGCAUCGGAGGAUGAAUCUGCCAUGGAUGAUCUUCAUGCCGUCAGGACUGAAUUCAAAUCUGCGUUAGCCACUCUCCUCAAGGACGACAAAAUCCUGGCAAUCCCUACAGUCCCCGGCGCGCCACCGAAGCUAUGCAUGGACGCAGCGCUGCUGGAGGACUUCCGGGCGAGGGCCUUCUCGCUGCUGUCCAUCGCCGGCCUGUCGGGGUUCUGCCAGAUGAAGGACCCAGAGAAAAAAAUGCUGACGUUGGGAGCAAAGCUGAUUGAGUGGGUGUCAAAUAAAGUUUACCGCGCUUCGCAGGGGUGGAGGCCUAGAGUCAGGCUUGGUGGCUGAUGGUGGCGUUCUUGUCACCAGGAUGUGGGUUGUUCUUAGCCUUGUUCUCUGGGUCUUAGUUAUACCUUAUGAAAUGAUUUUGAGUUAAAUGUAUCGGAGGUGCCUCAACUUGUCCUUUACCGUCAAUUUAGUGCCUAAAGUUACAAAAUA